GGCCGAGCGAGCACCAUGUCUGCGUGCUCGCCACGCGCGUGCUGCCGGCCGCGCGCCCCGCCGUCGUUGCUCGACAUUACGGCGAAGAUCGUGGCGGCGGCGAUCCCGUUCCAGCGCAUCGAAGAGCGCUACGAGCGCAUCCCGGAGCCGGUGCAACGGCGCGUCGUGUACUGGUCGUUCCCGCGGGACGAACGCGACAUCUGUAUGUACUCGUCGUUGGCGCGCGCGCCGCCCGACGACCACCGCAACAUCGCCUUCUGUCGGGGCCUCAAGCUGCUGGAAGCCGGCUGCGUCGAGAGCGUGCUACAAGUCGGUUUUCAUUUGAGUGGAGUAGUGCGCGCGCCCGCCGCGGUACCUCCCUGCUCCGAACCUGAAAGACUAUUCCGGGUCACAGUAUCAUUUGACAGAUGCAAGAUAACAGGGGUGACAUGCAGCUGCGAGGCGCGUGACAUCUUCUGGUGUCAGCACGUGGUAGCCCUCGCACUCUAUCGCAUCCGGAAUGCAGACUCCGUGCGUUUACGAGUGCCUAUAUCAGAAACCCUGCUGCAAAUGGACCGUCAGCAGCUACAGAAGUUUGUGCAAUACCUAAUAGCAGAGCAUCACACAGAAGUGCUACCUACCGCACAGCGGUUAGCAGACGAGGUUUUACAGGCGCGGUCCGCUAUCAACAGGAUCUGCGGUGCGCCAGACCCAACAGCCGGGCCACCGCCUGAUGCGCACCAUGCUUGGCAUCUAGAUGAACAGCAGGUGUGCGAACAGGUUCGAGCCUAUCUACUACAGGGAACCUACUAUAAUGCGAACAAACAGCUAAACUCCUUGUUUUCUAAGGUGCGAGAAAUGCUACGAGCACAAGACUCAAACGGUCCUCGUAUGCUGAUGCUGAUGACGGAACAGUUCCUAUCGGACCCUCGCCUGUUAUUGUGGAGGAACCAGAACACGCCAAUGACGGAGAAGUGUCGCCAGCUGUGGGAGCAGCUGGGUGCGCUGUGGGUCAGCAUAGUCCUGGAUCCCGGCAGCAACAAGAAUCAUAGGCAUCAGUGGAGACAGCUACUGGACAAGUGGUCAGCGGUUGAAGUUUGUCCCACUGAAGAUCCUGAUUAUAGGUCUUUUCCCUUGUACGCGAGGGAAAGGGAAAGAAACGAGAGAGAUCGUGACAGAGAUCACAGGGACAGAGAUAGAGAGAGACAUCGCGACCGAGAGGAGAGGGACAGAGAGAGACUGCGAGAGAGAGAAGAAAGAGAUAGAGAAAGACAUAGAGAAAGACAAAGAAGAGAUAUGCAUUCCCAUUCAGAGAGUUCCGACGAAGAAUCUAGACCUAAUAACUAUGAGAGAGAGUAUAGAAGAGCCAGUAAGAGACUUAGACUGAACAACCAGAGACCGCCACUUCAAACAACGCCACGGACUGUCUUCCACAAGGCAUUGGAUGCGGUGGAUAUAUCUUGGGAGAGCGAGCACCUGAAGAAUAUUCUGAGCAGUGAUGAAUACUGUGACCCUGAGAAGCCGGACAAGGCGGACGGCGCUGGACCAGCGCUUGCUGCCACCACUCUGCAGCCUUAUCCAAAAUUCAACGAUCUCGGACAACCUUUGUGGCAUGAACAUCUGCCAGUAGUGGGCGCGCGUAUCGAGGCUCUGCGUGCGCACGGCCGCGCCCCCGCCGCGCUACGACUCGCCGUCAGCGCCGCUCGCGCCAUGCGGCAUCGACAGGAAGUGGCGCAGCAGCGGUGGGCUCGGGCGGGGGAGGGCGAGGCGGCGGGCAGCAGCGCGUGCGCAGCCAGCGAGACGUGCGGGGGUCAGUGCGAGCGCGCGCGCCUGGCGCUGCUGUGUGCGCACAUGGACGCCGGCGCCUGUCUGCCCAGCGGACACACCUGCGCGCUCUCGCACACGCAGCGCUGCAUAGGACGAGACAGCAGGGGGUGGACAGGGUGGGCACUGGAGGCGGUGUGGUGCGUACACGAGUGCCUGGCGGACGCUUGCCUGGCGCCGGACGACCAGCGCGCCUCGCCCCGCCUGCACACAUACAUGGACGAGGAGCCCGCCACAGGACUACCGCCCAGAUAUCAACAUGUACCGGUGGCGGGCAGCAAGAACCCGGAGGAGACGUACCUUGCGCUGGCGCUGGAGGCUGCACUGCUGGGGCUGGGCAUGCAGCGCAUGUUGCCCAGCGGACUUUACGCACAGGAGCGUUACUGCAAACAGGAGGAGCGUCUAAUAGCGCAGCUGCAGCGUGUGGAGGGGGAGGCAGUGGGGGGGGUGUGCGCGCGCGCUGCGGCCGCGCUGCUGGCUGGCGGGCCCAGCUCGUGUCUGGGCGCGCGGCUGCACCCCCGCUCUGCGCCCGCGCACACCUUCGCCCGGUACCUCUUCCUGGCGCUGCUGCCCAGCGACCCCGAGCUCGCCUACCGCGUCGGAUUGCGCGCUAUGAGGUUACCAAUGGUGGAGGAGGCGUACGCACUAGAUGGGGGAGGAGGUUGCGGUGCGGCGUGCGGCGCGGGCGCAGGCGCCUGGCACACGCUGCAGCACGCGGAGCAGCAGCAGGCAGCACUCGCCAGCGCACUGCUCGGCGCAGCUCGGGGCACGCCGGCGCGACUGCGCGCGGCGCUGGCAGCUGCGCAGCGACACGUGCGGUCUGCGGCGCAGCUGUUCCGGUUAGCGCAGGACGCACUGCGCCACGCCGCACCACCCGACGCCCCACAUCACCACAGGGACCUGCUCGCUGCGGCAUUCGAACUGGGACUGCAGGUGCUGCGCAUGACACUGUCGUCUGUGAACUGGCGUCGUCGUGAGAUGGUGCGUUGGCUGGUCACCUGCGCUACAGAACUCGGUCUGGAUGCGUUGCUCUCCAUCAUGCAGAACUGGUACGAGCUGUUCACACCAACAGAGGCGACUGGUCCAGUGGCUGCGGCGGCGAUGUCUCACGCCACUGCACUACGUCUGGGACUCAGUUUCGAGCAGCAGGAGAAGCUCAGCGCCUGCGCACGCACACUCGCCCUGCAGUGCGCCGCCAAGGACCCUCCAGGCUGUGCACUAUCAGCUCUGUCUGUAUGCGAGGGUUCCGCGGGCGCAUUCGAAGCUGCGUGUGCUGCUGUGGGCGGGGCAGCAGCACGAGGUGCGCUCGCCUCCAGCCAGCUGUUCGCAGUAGCACGGUACAUGGAGCAGCGCGGACAACCAGCACGAGCUAUGCGUCUCGCCACACUCGCCAUGCGCAACCUGCAUCUACAUUACAACCAGGACAGUCACCCUGCGAUCGCGGACAUCCACUGGGCGGUAGCGCUGGCGCACUCUCUGGGGCGCGCCGAGCUGCAGGCCAUGCUGCCGCUGCUCGUCAAGAAUGUGCAGUGCGCGCCCGUACUUUCGGACGUGUUGCGGCGCUGCUGCGUGGCGGCUGCGGGGUGCUCGCGGUCUCGGCCUCCGCCCCCGCGACCCCCGACACCACUGCGCCCGCUGCUGGAGGCGGCGCUGCGGGCCUACGCCUCCACCACACACGCGCGACUCGCACACAUCUCACCCCGACACUACGCAGACUUCGUAGACUUCCUAGGCAAAGCUCGUGAUACAUUCGCGCUGGCACACGACGGACCGCAUCAGUUCGCGGCGCUGUUACAAGAAAUCAAACUCAAAUACAAAGGCAAGAAGAAACUCAUGUUCCUCGUCAAAGAGAGAUUCGGCUAGAAACCGAUCUUAUGUCCUUUUACACGAUUCCAGUCCAGUGCUGGAUUACAAAUGUUUUGCACACUGGAAUGAACUUUUUGGACUGGAAUAAUGUUAACAGGACAUAAUUGUAGAUGUCGAUUGCUCUGACAUUUUGACAUAUUUUGUUGUCUCUUUUUUAAUAAAUACAAAUGAGAGAUAUAUAAAAGUAUCGCUUCAGUACUUUUGAGUACAGUGCAAUAUUAUGCACUCGUAUUGUUAUGUUGAUGUGCAAUACAUGUAUAUAAUAGAUACUUGCAGUAUAUAACAGUUAACACUUCAACUGCCACUGACUCGCCUGGCGAGUUCACUUACCUACGAAAUCAUAGCAUGAAAAUUAUAUAGCCAGUUCCAAUAAUUGAGUUGGCACGCCGUCAAAUGGAGUACACUUAUGAUU